AUGGCGGAUGGGGCCACCCCUUCCAGUCACGGCGUCAGAUCCAGCCGACUUGGGAGGUUCCGGGGACGCAUCCAGGGAGCGUCGGUCGCUGUCAAGCACGGCUGGACGGGGCGCAUGGCCUUCUCUCAGUUCAGCGGGUGGCCCGUAGGGAUCCCGAGGGCGCUGUCGACGUACACGCCCACCACAAAGAAGACGGCAGUUCCUUCGAGGGAUAGGAACAGGAAUAGCUGUUGGUACUCGGCCGCAGGGGAUGCACUUCCGAACAGGCGGCAUGAUAGGGCCGGGGGCGAUCAUCUCAUCACGGUGUGGUGCAAGGAGAUUCCCGAGAGUUCGAGCUUGGCGAACUUCUGCAUCGGCGGGUCGAAGGAGCGGCCCACGGCGAUAGCGACAGCCCCCCGUGCUCAGCUGCCCGCCGAGGUCUUUGGUCGCUGUCAUGGCGACCCGCGGGACCUUUUCCACGAAUCAGUUUACGCUGCAUAGAGACAUUGCUAACAUUUUGCGGGUACUUGAACCAGAGGAUAUGUUUGUCCGGGAGCCUCUCGUACAGUCAGAGUACUUGGGCCGGUAACACGCAUCGGAGCGCGACGAUUUGGCGGGCGAUGUGGUGAAGCUCCUUUGCCCAGGACAUCAUUGGAUGGUGC